AUGUGUACGCCGUCCAGUACGCUUGGAAGAUUGGUCAUCUCGAGCCCCGGCCCCUCGCCUGGAUCACCGACUCGGCGCGCCCAGCAAGAGGUCAUUGACCUUUGCUCGUCUUCUCCCUCGCCGCCACGCGCGUACUCGCCGUUUGACUGGGAAUAUGGCGAUGGGGCGGUGCUUGAGUUUGAUCCCGGGCCGGACUGGGAGUACCACAGUCCAGACGACCACGAGGUAGAUGCGGAGAGUGUCGCCCCGUCAGUUUCGAGAAGCGACGCAGGUCUCAAGCUGUCUGAUAUCGAAUGGGGUGGGGACGAUAUCGAAUGGGGUGGGGACGCCGUUCUCGUGUGGGAUGGGGAGUACGACGACGGCGACGAGGUACGGUUUGUGGAGCAGGGCCAGGGGAGUGAGUAUGAAGACGAGGGGGACGAGGGGGACGAGGAGGAUGAGGAUGAAGAGGAGGACGAGGAGCUCGGGGAAGACGAUUACGAGGUUCAUGACAUCGACGGAAGUGACGACGAGGCGUCCAGUGGCAGUAGCAAUAGGAUGCCAGUCUACAAUAACUGGGACAUUCCAAAGCUACAGCAUCUGGUCAAGGGGUACGGGUAUCGUCCGUCAAAGGAUCGCAAGGUACUGGUGAAGCUCGCGACGGAGUGCUGGGCUGCGCUGCACCCGGCGCCCAAGUCUCGGACAAAGAACAAGGGAAAACAAACCAAGCCGAAGCCAAAGUUGAAGACCAAGGCAGCCAAUGAUGAAGCCGUUGGUCCCGUUGGGCCCGACCCGGCCCUCGACAUUCUGUUUUACAACCUCCUCACAUCCGACGAUGCCCUCUACGCCCGUAUCCUCCGGUACGAGCCUCUGCCCUUUGACGAGCUCGUUUCCCACGCGGUUGCUGCUGGCAUCAACUCGCGUGGCUGGCGGCCGCGCCUGAAAAAGUUCCUGGACCUCAAGGGCGUGACAUACUUUACGGCCGACCCGACGGCGCCGCGCCGGCGUUACUAG